UGGCCAGUGAUUGGCAAAAACGAAACCAUUCUCUGCCUAAAAAAAAAAGUGAAAACAAGAUUAUUUCGAUUUUGUAUUAAUUGUAGCACCAAAUACAAUUAAUUAGGUUUACACUUAAGCAUUUAGAGGCAGCGCCAGCAGUAGACAAAGUUCAGCCGUAAUCAUGGGUGGGGUGCUCAGCUACUUUCGCGGAUUGCUCGGCUCCCGGGAGAUGCGCAUCUUGAUACUCGGCCUGGACGGCGCCGGCAAGACCACGAUCCUCUACAGACUGCAGGUGGGCGAAGUGGUCACCACGAUACCCACCAUCGGAUUCAACGUGGAGCAGGUCACCUACAAGAACCUCAAGUUCCAGGUGUGGGAUUUGGGCGGACAGACAAGUAUUAGGCCCUACUGGCGUUGCUACUACAGCAACACAGACGCCAUCAUCUACGUGGUGGACUCGGCGGAUCGGGACCGCAUUGGCAUUUCAAAGGACGAGCUGCUGUACAUGCUGCGCGAGGAGGAGCUGGCCGGGGCGAUACUGGUCGUCCUGGCGAACAAGCAGGACAUGGACGGAUGCAUGACCGUCGCCGAGGUGCAUCAUGCGUUAGGGCUGGAAAACCUUAAGAACCGCACAUUUCAGAUAUUCAAAACGUCGGCCACCAAGGGCGAGGGUCUUGACCAGGCCAUGGACUGGCUGUCCAACACCCUGCAGAGUCGCAAAUAGAUCCUUAGCCAGUCCUCAGCCCCCAAUCCCCUGUGUAAAAAUGUGUGUCCAAAGCAUCGCCAGCUAGGAAUCGUCUACAGCUCUUUUCAAAUUGCAGAUUGCGCAACAAAUCCAAGAACCGAAAGAAACUUUGUAAUAACUUCUAGUAAUAUAAUUAUUAAAUUAUAGGAUUAAACAAUUCAGUAAA